AUGGCUGGGUUAGCUUGUACUUCUGAGACUAGCGUUCGGUUUCAUAUGGAGGUUCUUGAUUUCUAUGAUUAUGUCAAGCCACGCUUGUUCGAGGAUCGUGUACGUAGAGAGCUUGUCCGCGAUAUCGACCGUACAAUCCGACAGCGAUAUCACGAUGCACGAAUCGAUGCCUUCGGCUCCUUCAUGUCCGGUCUCUACCUUCCCACAGGAGACAUGGACCUUGUAUUCUGCUCUGAGCGGUUCCUUAAAAACGGCAUGGCUGUGUACAACACGAAGAGACACCUCUGGCAGCUCAGGAGAUUCCUGGAAACCAAACGAGUUGCUUCGGAGAACAACUUUGAAGUCAUCUCCAAAGCGAAGGUCCCCCUCGUGAAAUACAUUGACAAGCUCACCGGAUUGAAGGUCGACAUGUCUUUCGAGAACAUUACUGGUGUCAACGCCAUCGAAACCUUCAAGGCAUGGAAGGAGCAGUACCCUGCUAUGCCAAUCUUGGUCACAGUGAUCAAGCACUUCCUCUUGAUGCGUGGCCUAAACGAACCAGUCAAUGGUGGUAUCGGCGGAUUUUCGGUGAUUUGCCUAGUCACGAGCAUGCUUCAGUUGAUGCCCCAGGUCCAGAGCGGUGACCUCAUUCCCGAACAUCAUCUUGGGAUGUUACUCAUGGAAUUCUUCGAUCUGUACGGCAAUAGAUUCAACUUUAAGACAGUUGCGAUCAGCCUGAACCCACCCAGAUACAUUCCGAAGUCCCAAGUUACCGGGUUCGCCUACAAGAACCCUGGUCGUCUGUCCAUCAUCGACCCUAACAAUCCCGAGAACGAUAUCUCAGGCGGCUCGAGCAACACGGAGAAAGUCAUGUAUUACUUCUCCGUUGCGUACAAAGAAUUGCAAGAACGGAUGAUCAAGGCGCCGUCAGCUGUAGGCGAGAGCAUCCUUGAGGUGAUCAUGGGCGGCAACUAUUCAAGUUUCAGACACCAGCGAGAUCAUUUGCGCAAGGUCCAUGAGAGGCUAUAUGGGCCCUGCGAAGACUGA